GGCGAGUCUUCUCGUGACGUUCCUCCGCUGCUAAGUAGAAAAUCAGAUCGCGAGAACCGAUUCGAAGGACUCUGAGGAACGUCGACGCCCGUUGGAUACGCUUCCCAUCUCGGGCCCAUCUCAGGAAGCCAGCUACCAGCUCUACUUGUUGCGAGACUAGCGAGGCCGCGGAGUCGCUGCGACGAUGCCUGACACCAAAUUCGAGGAAGACAAGAAGAUCCAGCUCCGGAAAUGGGCGGACGAUAACGUCUGGUGGAUUGUGUCGAUGGUCGCUCUGACCGUACUCGCCAUUAUGAUCUGCAUCGGAGGCUCCGUCCUGUACGAUUUCCAACCAGCUUUCAUGGGUGUCGUCGCAACUCUGACAAUUUUCAUCUGCCUCUUGACGCUGAUGGUCAUCCGUAGGUGCGCGCUCCAAGGGAAGAUUGAAGAAGAGCCCACGAUCAUUCAAAUCGCGGUCGAAGAAGCACUGGACGGUCCGCCCCUGUUUCCUCACUAUCAACGAAGGCGGUCCUCCGUUGCAACGAUCCCGAGAUGCUCCAUCCCCAACAUGGACAUGAUCAUAGAUACCGUGCGUCGUCAGAGCAUUCAGGGUUCUCAACGUCGGGAUAGCGCCGCUCCCGUCGCUUCAAGCUCAACCUCGUCGAAUCCGUCAGCUGCAUCGAAAAAAGACAAUGCGCUCCAUCUGGCUCCGAUCGCCGAGCUUCCGAAAACGCCUACGCUGGAACACAUUUCACACGGAACUUCGUUACCGAGGUAGAUGACCGGCGACUCACACCGAUUCGGUAGUGAACGCUCUCAUUUAUCCUGAAGUCAAAUCGUACCUCACAGGACCGAGGAUGGAUUUUGCAUUUCUGUGUUGUCGCCUAAAGCUGCACGACUCCCAAGUGACCAGAGGGUUCGGCUUUGAAUGUCAAUUCUCGAAGCAAUUUAGAGUUUACCGUGCGUUGAAUGAGUGAAUGUUGGAAGUAGAUUGCGAGCGAAGGAAAAAACACAAACUUGAACUUUUCCGGCUGAGUGGAAUCCCUCUAUUGUAAAUAAAGCAUCUUCUGUUUGCUGGU